GUAACUUUUGUAAACAAAGUGGUUUGCCAUUUGUUUGCCAUGUCUGGUGAAGAGAAAACUCCCGCUGCAGCCGCGACGCCGCAAUGCCAGUUCUUCGUGCAGCGCAAAAAGCGGCUGUGCCGCAUGACCGUGAAGCCGGGGCGCCAGUACUGCGGCGAACACCAACCGCAGCCGAACGCUGGAGCUGACCAGACGGACAAGAGAAUACCCUGUCCAAAUGAUCCUAAGCACACCUGCUACGCCAGCAAGCUGCUGAAGCACCUGGCGAUCUGCAACGCGCGGCGCACGGAGCAGCCCCCCUACAUCGUGCACAACAUUAAUGCUCCGGAGGCAGUGGACACCUGUCCCAGGCUGCCCCUCAGCUCCUACCCUAAGGAUGCACUUGCUAAUGUCAUUGAUAAAGUCAACCAUUUGUAUGCUAAGCAUGUGGAAGGCCACAUCACAGCGCAGCCCUCGCAGCCGAUCCACCGAGCAGUACUCCCCGAGUUCUGCGAGGAGGAUCGCGCGGAGAGCUCCCGGCGCCACCUGCGGCAGGUCUCCGCGCUGCUCUGGGCCGCCGAGCGCGCCGGCCUGGCAACGUCGCGGGCUUGCUAUGUGGAGCUAGGAGCCGGCAAGGGCCAGCUGUGCUACUACGCGGCACACGCAUGGUGCGCAGACACCGGGAGCCGGGUACUUGCCGUGGACCGCGCCCCGCUGCGGCACAAGCGAGACAACAAACUUCGUUCUGCUCCUCCCACACAUACAGCUCCGAGUGAUAAUGCUACGGAAAAUAGAGUCAGUAAUCUUGAUCUCCAAGAUCAGAAAGGCAAUGUCGGUCAUGAGGACAAUCAACUCAGUGAAAUUGAUAGAAUAGAUGCUAAAAAGUUAAGUACACCCAACAAGAUAUUGAAGAGUGAUAAUAUAUCAAGUACAGUAUCUACUGAACAUUCAACUAACUCAAAAGACAAUGGUAAUGGAGAACCACUUAAUAAAAUAAUUAAUAGCGAAAAAAUAUCAACAAAAAGUGAAUAUUCUAAUGUAAUAGGUAACUCAAAAGAUGGGGAGGAUGGAAUAUCAACUACAGAAUCUAAUGAUCAUAAUACAGCUAACUCAAACGAUGGGAAUGGAGAGACAGAUAAAAGUAAGGAGAGUGAAGUGGGUGUGCGGAUCCGUGCGGAUUUGGCUCACUUGGCGUUGCAGGCGGUGCCGGUCGUUAUGGAGUGUGAGGCCGUCGUGGGGUUGGCGAAGCAUCUUUGUGGGGUUGCCACGGAUUAUGCAUUGCGCUGCAUAGCGGCACCGGGCGUGGUGUCCAAGACCAGAGGUCUGGUGCUGGCGACGUGUUGCCACCACCGCAUCGAGCAAGCGCUCUAUGUAGCCAACGAACCACUAAAGGAACUAGGCAUAAACGCCGAAGAAUUCAACAUAAUGCUCGGCAUUGUGUCUUGGGCGACCUGCGGCGACGGACGCAGCCGCGAGCGCCGUCUCCUAGACCCUCCUCAGGAGGGCCAGGAGACGCAGAGACAAGGGGAAGCUGGGAGGAGACAUGAGGAGCGGGAAGAGAUAGGCAGGCGCGCUAAAGCGCUGUUCGAUUGGGGUCGUGUGGUGUGGCUGCGGGCGAGGGGGUUCGAUGCCCGGCUGUGUUACUACGUGCCGAGGGACGUCUCGCUCGAGAAUGUAGCCAUCGUGGCCGUCAAACGGUGACGAGCGCAAGUUCUC